CGGAAUUGCCCUCGGGGUGAAAGACCACGGAUACCAGCUAUGGAGAUCUGGGCCGCGGGGAGGCGUAUAGGCGUUUUGGGAGGGUAUUAGAGCUUCGGAGUCCCGUUGAGGUUGAGCCGGUUUGUUCGUUGAGUUAAUUAUAUCCUAUUAUUAUUCUAGACUAUCGCGAUACACAGACGCUGACACGAUGAGGCUCUGGAAACAUGAUUUUAGAGGCAAGGCCCUGAUUACUGCCAUUACGAUGGCGUCUUGUCAGGCGUUCUUGCUCUUGGGGUUUGAUCAAGGCGUCAUGGCAGGACUCGUAGGUGCGGAUAACCGGUUCGGUAGGGACUUCAACCAUCCCGAUGCCGAUAUGCAGGGCAACAUCACGGCUCUAUACGAUAUCGGGUGUGUCGUUGGAUCAAUUGUCUGCUACUUUAUCGGAGAGCGAAUGGGUCGUCGGACUAUGCUUAUGCUUGGCGGCUUUAUCAUGGUGAUCGGAGCCAUUAUCCUCGCCACUUCAGAGACUGUCGCCCAGUUGAUCGCCGGCCGCAUCAUCACGGGAAUCGGCAACGGCAUGAACUCUUCAACUGCGCCGGUAUAUCAGAGUGAAUGCUCGCCCGCGGCAUACCGCGGUGCAUUGUUAACCCUGCAGGGCACGGUAACCAUUCUAGGCGUUGUCAUCGCCUAUUGGAUGGACUACGGCACUAGCUUCACAGAAUCCUCCUUCCAAUGGCGCUUCCCCCUCGCCUUCCAAGCCCUCUUCGCCAUCCUCCUCAUCCUCCAAAUAAUCGGGCUCCCGGAAACCCCCCGCUGGCUCGUCCAACACGACCGCCACGAAGAAGCCCGCGCGGUCGUCUCCGCAAUUGAAGACCGCCCCCUCUCCGACCCCCUCGUUACAAAAACCAUCCUUGACAUCCAAGUCGGGCUCGAAGAAGAACACAAAGACGGCCCAUUCCACUUCCGCGAACUCUUCACUUGGGGCGAAGUGCAAAACCUCCGUCGAAUGCUAAUAACCAUUACCAUUGAACUAGGGCAACAAUUCACCGGCUCAAACAUGAUAAACUACUACGGACCCGUGAUGUUCCAAGAAACGAUGGGGAUGAGCCGUAAUCUGGCCAUGAUAUUGGGCGGAUGUAUCCAGUGCACGUAUCUGGUUGGCUCGGCGAUCCCGGUGUUUCUGAUGGAUCGGUUCGGGCGAAGGUCGCUGUUGAUUGUUUGUUCGAUAGGACUGUGCUUGUGUUUUGUUAUGGUAUCGAUUUUGCUUUCGCUGGGGCGCACAGACUGUGCAUAUGGGGCUACGGCAUUCAUCUUUAUAUUUCAGAUAUUUUAUGGUGUGGGCUGGCUUCCUGUGCCGUGGUUUUAUCCGGCUGAGAUUAAUACUACCCGGGUGCGGACGAGGAUGGCGGCUAUUGCGUCCGGUUGGAAUUGGAUGGCCGUUUUUGCUGUAGUUAAGAUUACGCCGAUUGCUUUUCAAAAUAUCGGGUGGAAGACGUUUGUGAUCUUCGCUGUGCUGAACGCGGCCUUUAUUCCUAUGGUGUAUUUCUUCUAUCCAGAGACGAAAGGAUUGGAACUCGAGGAUAUUCCAUUGCUGUUUGCCAAGGGAGGCAUUACUGGCGGCGUGUUUAGUUCGAAAGGUGGGAGGACGGUUAUGCCAGGGCAGCAUGCUCAGGAGAGACGGGUUGAUGAGAAAGUCGAAAGGAUGGUGGAACAAGUGGAGGAUGUGAGGUGA